AUGACCUGGGUGGCAGUCCUGGUGGCAGUCCUGGUGGCAGCCCAGGUGGCGGCCCUGGUGAUGGCCCUGGUGGCAGUUCCAGUGGCAGCCCUGGUGGAGGUGGUGGCCCUUCUCAGUGAUGGCCCUGGUGGCAGCCCAGGUGGUGGCAGUCUCAGUGGUGGUCCUGGUGGUAGUCCUGAUGGUGGCCCUGGUGGCAGCCCGGUGGUGGCGCUGGUGGCAGCCCAGGUGGCAGUCCGAGUGGUGGCUCCAGUGGCACCCCGGGCGAUUGUCCUGGUGACAGUCUCAGUGGUGGCCCUGGUGGCGAUCCUGCAGGUGGCCCUGGUGGUGGCCCUAGUGGUGGUCCCGGUGAUGGCCCUGGUGGUGGCCCCAGUGGCAUCGCAGAUGGUGGUCCUGGUGAUGGCCCAGAUGGUGGCCCUGGUGGUGGCCCCGGUGGUGGCCCUGGUGGCAGCCCUGGUGGCAGUUGUGGUGGCAGUCCCUGUGAUGGUCCUGGUGGCAGUCCCAGUGGUGGCCCUGGUGGUAGCCCAGACUGUGGCCCUGGUGGCAGUCCUGGUGGCAGCCCAGGUGGUGGCCCUGGUGGCAGUCCCAGUGUCCCUGCUGUCCCUGAUGGCAGUCCCAGUGGUGUCCUUGCUGUCCCCGUUGCUGUCCCCAUUGUUGGUGUCCCUGGUGGCAGUCCCAUCGGUGUCCCCGCUGUCCCCACUGCUGUCCCCAUUGUCACUGUCUCUGGUGCCAGUGCCAUCGGUGUCCCUGCUGUCCCAGGUGCCAGUCCCAUCACUGUCCUCGGUGCUGUCACCGUUGCUGUCCUUGCUGUCCCUGGUGCCAGUCCCAUCAGUGUCCCCAGUGUUGUCCCCGCCAUUGGUGUCCCUGGUGCCAGUCCCAUCACUGUCCCCGCUGCUGUCCCCGUUGCUGUUCCCAUUGUCGCUGUCCCUGGUGCCAGUGCCAUCGAUGUCCCUGCUGUCCCAGCCGCGGCGGGCGAGGCGGCGCUCGGGGCGGUGCGCGCGCAUGCGGAGGUUGAGCGAGCUCUUCUGCGUGAAGCGCUUGCAGCACACGGGGCACUGGAAGGCGCGCACGCCCGUGUGCGUCACCAUGUGCUUCAGCAGGUAA